AUGAACUUCAUCUAUCGCAAAAAGUACACAUGCUGGAUAUGUUUGGAAGAGAGUGAUGGGCUGUUCAGUUUUGCGUGGACACGGCAUGAGUGCGGAUGCAGUCUGCAGGUCCAUAACAAAUGUUUAGUACGAUGGCUGUUUGCAACAAAUCUUCGGGUAUGGAACGAGUGUGGCACCAGCGACUUCUACAGAAUUAGGUCUUUGCCGGAAUUGAAGCGUCGGCUUUGCUAUGUGGUCGAUGGGCAUAGGAACUUCCAGAGUGAAGUUAACCUUGCGGAGACAGUUCAGGGCAUACCUGCAGUAGGUCAAACGUGGGCAGCAUUUCUGUGCAUCUUGGAAAUGGCAGUUAGGAUUUUACUUCGAAUACCUCCGAGUGAGCCACCAACAGACCUAUGGCGAGGGUUACCGAUCGAGGCUGUUGCCUGUCCUCAAUGCAAGAAAAGCAUUACCAAGGGGAGACUCUACUGGCACACUAGUUCGCUGGGAUUGCAUGCGUAUAGCAUAUACAAGUCUGCAUCAACGUACGUUGCUACAAUUGCGCUAUUUUGGUUUUUGUAUAGCAACCCAUGGAAGCAGUGGUUCAAAAUCGGAUUGUAUCUUCUUAGACAGGUCUUCCCCGAAAGUAUACUACAACAAAUUCUGGAUGUUUCCACAACGAGGGCGAUAGAUGUGUAUACAGACUCGAUGAACGGUAUUGAGUGCGUUCCGGCUCGGCAGAGGUUUUUGAUACUAGGCUUCCCUCUCUACCUUGCCGGACUCCUAAGCCCCACACUUCCACUUGGUUACAUGCAGCAGAUUUAUCCUUGGACGCUGGUUACGGCAUGCCGUAAUUCAAAAGUGGUACUGAAAGUUCUCAGCGUUGAAUUAUUUGUCGCGUCAUUGUAUACAAAAGUGGCCGCGAUGCUAGGCAGAUCUCUAAAGAAGAAACUGUUGUCAGUACGCCCCUACUUUAAUUCACCCAAGGAUUCUACCGAAAAUAAUACAUUCACUGAAGAGCUGCUUCGUACGACCUGGCUGGACUGCAUCACAGAUAUCACGCUGCUAUUCCGGAUAUCCACUUUUAUUUCGAACAAUAUCUUGCAACCUAUUCCGAUAAUUACACGCCUGAUACUCAAAUUAGAUCCAACAGUCUCUCCAAAUGAAUGUAUAUGUGUUCAAAAUCUCCUAGCAAUCGGAGCUGUAUGCUGUGGACGUGAACUGGGGCGGUUUUUCCUUGCAUAUAAGAGGUCGCGUGAGUUGCAACAGUUGCAACGAAUUGUUGAAGACGAUGAUAUCUGA